AUGGCCAAGAAAAGAAAAGCGGGCGGUCGCCCCGCACAGAAGAACGAACCGUCUAUGCGCUCCAAGUUCGACGCGAACGAGCGGUUCGAGGAUUCCGAGGACGAGUUUCAGUCGAACCGUGAUCAAAUUCUACUAGAGGAGGCUCCGGAGGCCAAGCGUCGCCGUAAGGUCGCAGAAGAUGAGGAGCUUUUACAGUCCUCAGACGAGGAAAUUCUGGGAUACGAGUCCGUGGACGAGGACGGAGAUGAUCUCGAAGAUGAAGAAGACUCCGACGACGAUGCCGAAAUCAUGGGAUUGUCUAAAAAGUCUGGUGAUGCUGCAUCUGAUGAGGAGGAAGAGGGCAUUGCUGCGUGGGGUUCUUCCCGCAAGGACCUCUAUAAUGCGGACCAGAUCGAAACGGAAGCAGAUGCGUUAGAAGAAGAGCAGGAAGCCAAAAGACUCCAACAGAAGCAACUACAGGCUAUGGACGAGGCAGACUUCGGCUUCGAUGAGUCUGAGUGGAUCGAAUCUGGCAAAGAUGCACAGGAUGAGAAGGAUAGCGGAGUCAUCACGGAAGUUCUUCCUCAGGUAGAGAUCACGGAGGAUAUGGACGAUGACCAGAAGCGCAAAAUCUUGAGUGCCCGAUACCCUGAAUUCGAGCCCCUCGCCAAAGAGUUCGCCAGACUUCAACCGAUUCACAAAGAUCUGCAGAGCGCCGCAGCCAAGGCCUCUUUAGGGUCUCUCGACGACUCCGACGAACCCCGUCCCGCACCUGUGGCUAUCGUCAAGUUCCGUGCCUUGUCCACAUACCUGGGCACGAUAAGUUUGUACUUCAUGCUGCUCGCAUCUUCACCCGAAAGCUCCGAAACCCGCAUUCCGUUGUCUCCCGCUGAACUUCGCCAGCACCCCGUAAUGGGCUCCUUGGUCAAAUUUCGGAAAUUGUGGGAGGCAGUCCAGGAUCUUGACGACUCAGACACCCCCGAGGCUGUUCAGCGGCCCGAAAAGGUGCCAUCAUCUGAAGUCGCAUCUAUCGAGAAGAAGGUGAAAGCACCCAAGAAGGCUAAAGAGGUCGAGCAGAAGAAACUUACAAAGGCGGAGCGCGCAGCUGAAACUGCACGGGCUGAAGCCGAGGCUCGCCGUGCGGAGCGUGUGCGACAGACCGAGGCCGGACUCGCUGAGCUUGACGACCUGGUCACGGCGCCCACCCAGAAGCGGAAGACAACGAAAUCCAAAUCUUCCAAGCAUGAUGACGAAUCUGACUUUGGUGAUGAGAAUUCUCUCACAGCGCGCGAGGCCGACGAGAAGGCCAAACAGAAACGCUCGCUCCGAUUCUACACCUCUCAAUUGGCUCAGAAGGCGAACAAGCGUCAAAGCGCUGGUCAAAAUGCUGGUGGCGACGCCGACAUCCCUUACAGAGAGCGUCUCAAGGAUCGACAAGCUCGCCUCAAUGCUGAAGCUGAAAAGCGUGGUCGUCAACGACCAGAUAUUGGUGAAGAAUUGGGUGGCGACAGUGAUGAGGAGGAUCAUCGCGUCCGCAAGGAGUUGCGCAAAGGAGAUAACCAAUCCGGCACUGACGAGGACGAGUACUACGAUAUGGUUGCUGCGCGCUCCAAGCAACGCAAGGACGAGAAGAAAGCUCGAGCAGAUGCAUACGCCGCCGCUGCUCGGGAGGGCGGACAAGUGCAGAUUCAAGAAGAAAUCGGGCCUGACGGCAAGCGCGCUAUCACAUACCAGAUUGAAAAGAACAAGGGUCUCACACCAAAGCGCAGCAAGGAUGCGCGAAACCCCCGUGUCAAGAAGCGCAAGAAGUACGAGGAGAAGAAGAAGAAGCUCGGCAGUAUUCGCCAGAUCUACAAGGGUGGCGAAGGCCGUGGUGGCUACGGUGGUGAACUCACAGGUAUCAAGAAGAACUUGGUCAAGAGUGUCAAGUUCUAA